GCCCACGCUGAUUGGCUGUAAUGCAAAGCAUUUAACAUACUGAUUCCUGAAGCGCAUUUGUAACUAGGAUUGCACUUACGGUUGGCGAGAAUUGUUUGCCACCGCGUGUGUCCCAACCGGUGCGAAUUAAUAGCAGGAAAGGUAUUCAUCCAAAAUAUUUCUGCGCGGACCGUUGCAUAUUUUCGAGCAGAUUGAAUCGGGGUCAGUGUUCCUUCAUUUUCAUCCGCCGCGUCGUUGUAAAGCGGCUGGGGUUCGAGUGAUCGUGGUACUUACGUUUGAGGAGAAGGUAUAGAUAUGUUCAAGAAUACAUUUCAAAGUGGAUUCCUCUCGAUAUUGUACAGCAUUGGAAGUAAGCCACUUCAAAUCUGGGAUAAAAAGGUUCGCAAUGGGCACAUCAAGAGGAUAACUGACAAUGAUAUCCAGUCAUUAGUACUGGAGAUUGUUGGUACAAAUGUCAGCACUACCUUCAUCACAUGCCCGGCAGACCCAAAGAAGACCCUGGGAAUCAAGCUCCCCUUCCUGGUGAUGAUCAUCAAAAAUCUAAAGAAGUAUUUCACUUUUGAAGUCCAGGUGCUGGAUGACAAGAACGUGCGCCGGCGCUUCCGGGCGUCCAACUACCAGUCCACGACCCGAGUCAAGCCGUUCAUCUGUACGAUGCCCAUGCGACUGGAUGAUGGCUGGAACCAGAUCCAGUUCAACCUGGCCGAUUUCACGCGGCGCGCCUACGGCACCAACUACGUGGAGACGCUGCGUGUGCAGAUCCAUGCCAACUGCCGUAUCCGGCGCAUCUACUUCUCGGACCGGCUCUACUCGGAGGACGAGCUGCCCGCAGAGUUCAAGCUCUACUUGCCCGUCCAGUCCAAGGCCAAGGUGUGAGUGGGCCACAUGCGGCGCGUGGCCAUAGCACGUGAGCUGCUGGCGACAGCCACGAAAGGGGCGUAGCUGCUGAGAUGGGAUUUCCGCCAAGUUUGGUUUGGCUCGUUCUCUUGGCACGUCCGGUAGGAUGCGAGGAAAUUGUCACCGUUGGUCGUGCUGCCAUUGGUCAUCAACGAAAUUGGAGCCAGCUGGCGGCGAAGGAUUGACUGCAUCUUGUUGAAAUGCUGUUUUGAUAUCGGUAUUAUCCUGACCCCAAGGCGCUCGGGCUGUAGUGUCUUCUUUGGUCCGUUGGGUUCGGCUGUUUAGAUCUCAAGCCCAAAUCUGGUGCUGAAGCCAGGACGAGUCCGGAGGCUUGAGACUCACAGACGCGUUGAUGCCAGCAAUGCUCGGGCUUUCGGGAUCCCGUCGACUCGCGUGUCUCCCCCGUUGUCAACCGGGACCGCUGCAGGGCCGGUUAGGCGCGCUUACGGGCUGCGCGUGGUGCACCAGGCUACGUUCGAGCACAAUCUGUGAUGUUUCAUGCUCUGUUUGCGUUGAUGGUCCAUUGACUGUUUAUCAUUAUGUUCGUGCAUAAAUCACCCGUGUAUCUCA